UAUUAAGAAUCAUAUCUAGCAAACUUGUGAAGUGCCAUAUGACUCUUUCUCAAAGAUCUUUUACUUAGUUUUAAGAAUUAUCUUUCUUUCAAGCUGUCAAAUCGAAUCAUUAGUUCAUGAUUUUUUUUUUUGCAGUAUUUUAUGCAACGCAUGUUGUAGUGCUAAUCUUUUAAAACAAGUGGCAUAUUUUAUUUAUCCAUCACUCAAAUAUUCCUUAGUUUGAUUUUAAGGGUGGAAAACCAAUUCAUCAUGGGUCUCUUAUCUAAUCUGAUGUUGCACCAAUGCUAAUGUAAAUAAUAUAUUAAUUUAAUAAAAUACCAGUUACAAAAGUGAAUAUCUAAAACUUGUUGUGUCAGACCACCCGCAUCGGGGGUUUAUGAGGGAGUCAUAGGCUCGGUAUCAUAGGGCUUUUCGAUUAAAAAAAAUAAAUAAAUGGGUUUCAACCCGUGAACCGGGUCUUCCAAGUGAGCCCGUAUGAUACGGGGUCAUGCCACGCGGCGCAGAGGGAGUGGCUACGCGAUCUCGCGUGUUGAGUGAGAAAAAAAGGGUAUCGCGUGAAAGAUCCCAUUUUCUCUUCUCUCUUCGAAAUCUAGGGUUUCUCUGUCUCUGAGGCGAUUUCGUGUCGGAGUCCAGAGCCGGAGCUUUUCUCGAUCAAUUCGUCGUCGGAGUCACUCGUAAACGCUCUCAGAUGGAUCCCGAAGCAGAGAUAAGAGACACAAAGAGAAGAAAGGAGCACAUCGAUAUGCUUUCAAUCGUGUGUGAUUCAGAACACGGGAUUCCGACGAGGUGUCCCUGCGGUGGGAGUAUAAUUCACGAGGUUCGUGGGAAGGAGGAAUACGACACUCUCCCCGGCAAGCGUUUCUUCACCUGCAUAAACUACGAGGCUGAUGGUUUUCAUUAUCGUCAGCCUUGGGUCAUUGGUGUGCAGGAGCAUAUCGAACGGCUCACAAGUCGUGUGGAGGAGGUGGAGGCGGUGAUCAAGUGGCUGCCGGAAGUGAAUAAUAAGAUCAAGAGUCUGGAGGCAGAGGUAAAAGCCCUCACUGUGGAGGUUGAUAGGCUCACUGGGAAGGUUUAUAACCUGACCGUGCAAGUGGAUCACUUGGAGAAAUGCUGCUUCGACUGAAAACACAAAGGUCACGGGUUCAAAGAGGAGGAUGCGUGGAUGGUUGCAGGUCUCUGUUUCUUUAUGUAUCAAAUCAAGUCACGGGUGGUAAUGUAGUAGUAGGUGGUUGUAGUGGUAGGGUAUGUAAGAUGGAAUCACGGGAGAGUGUAGUUUUUUUCAACUUUCUACACUCGUUUUAUGUAUCAAAUCAUGGGCAUGUCCCCACGGCUUUACUUUUGUACUCACGGGUGUAUGUACCCACAUGCUACUUGCUUCAAUGUUUUUCUAUAUAAAUGACUAUGUGUUUCAUUCAUGCA